AUGGCUCUCUGUGCAGAUUUAUCUCCAUUCCUGCAGGAGCGCCUUAUCAUCGGGCGGAAGUCCUCGUCACUUCCUUUCCUCCAUUCGCUCGCAGAGAUGGGCCGCCGUCCUGCCCGUUGUUACAGAUACUGUAAAAACAAGCCCUACCCCAAGUCCCGCUUCUGUCGGGGAGUUCCUGAUCCCAAGAUCAGGAUCUUUGACUUGGGCAGGAAGAAGGCCAAAGUCGAUGAGUUUCCUCUGUGUGGUCACAUGGUCUCAGACGAGUAUGAGCAGCUCUCCUCUGAAGCUCUGGAAGCGGCUCGUAUCUGUGCUAACAAGUACAUGGUGAAGACGUGUGGUAAAGAUGGCUUCCACAUCCGUAUGAGGCUCCAUCCCUUCCAUGUGAUCCGUAUCAACAAAAUGUUAUCCUGCGCUGGGGCUGAUAGGCUCCAGACUGGGAUGCGUGGUGCUUUCGGCAAACCGCAGGGCACAGUGGCUCGUGUGCACAUUGGACAGGUCAUCAUGUCUGUGCGCACCAAGGCCCAGAACAAGGAGCAUGUGGUGGAGGCUCUGCGCAGGGCCAAGUUCAAGUUUCCUGGGCGCCAGAAGAUCCACAUUUCUAAGAAGUACGGCUUCACAAAGUUCAACGCAUGUGACUUUGACGACAUGAUGGCGGAGAAGAGGCUGAUCCCAGACGGAUGUGGGGUCAAGUACAUCCCCAACCGCGGCCCCCUGGCUCGCUGGAAGUCUCUGCACGCCAACUGA